AUGAUGCUGGCAGUAGCAGACUGUAAUACUGGUAUUCCAGUGAAACCGACGGCAAGAAAAUAUAGCCUACCCUAUGCUACUUUGUGUAGGCCAUGUAAAAAAGGAUAUUCGAUUCUCAACUUAGAAGAUUUCGAAAAGUAUUCAGUGGCCAACAAGAGGGCGAUCUCCAAAUGUAUUUGCAAGAGAUGGACAGCAUUUUUUAAGGAUUAUCACAUGAAGACUUUAAAGCGCUCGUUUACGCAUAUGCAAAAAAGAACAAUCUCAUGUAUCCACAAAGUUGGGACAGGGAAUAAAAAGGCUGGUGAUGAUUGGCUGGCAGGAUUUCUGAACAGAAAUCCACAAAUCACUCUGAGAGUGUCAGAAGCUACGGCUAUCGACGUUAAAGAGAGAGUUAAAGGCUUCAACCGUCCGCAAAUAGAAAGAUUUUAUGAGUUGCUUAAUAACCAAACAGAAAAACAUUGUAUUGACAGAAUCUACAAUGUUGAUGAGACUGGCAUCCAAACUUCAAAAGCAAAUAAACUACCCAAAGUCCUUUCCGUUAAAGGAAAGAAGCAAGUCGGCAUCAUUGCCAGCACAGAACGUGGUCAAAUACGACUAAUGUCGGUUGAUUCAAUUCUGCCGGAUCAUUCUUACCACCGUUCAUGA